AGUUAGUUGUACUUAAACUUGCAAGUGAGUUUGACGUGAUUCAGUAUUUUAAUAAUGACAUAAAAUAUUUUAAACAUGUUGCUUUUUUAUUCGUGCUUGUGUGCCCUUUUACUUAAGAGUGUUGACAAUUAUGUUGUGAAAAAUGGUCUCUACAAAUUGGAUAUAAUACAUUAUAAUGAUUUUCAUGCCAGGUUCGAAGAGACAACUGUUUCAUAUCCAGUUUGCACUUCCAACGACACAUCGUGUUUGGGUGGUUAUGCGAGAUUGUACCAGGAGAUCAUGGUCUUAAAGAAAGAGAAGCCGGGUGCACUUCUAUUAAACGCAGGCGACACAUUCCAAGGAACGUAUUGGUAUACUCUAUUAAAGUGGAAUAUCACUCAGAAGUUCAUCAACUUACUACCCCACGAUGCUCAUGCUGUUGGAAAUCACGAAUUUGAUGAUGGAGUAGCGGGAUUAGCACCUUAUCUUGGCGCACUCAAAGCUCCCGUCUUAAUCGCAAAUAUUGACACCAGCUUAGAGCCUUCCCUAGAUGGCUUAUAUCAACCACACGUCGUCAUAGAGAAGAACGGAAGGAAAAUAGGAAUAAUCGGUCUUAUUACUACAGAAACACAAUCAACGUCUAACCCUGGAGAGGUGAAAUUUUUAGAUCCUAUAAGUGUUGUUGAAAGAGAAGCGCAAAUUUUGACAGAUCAAGGAAUUGAUAUCAUCUUAGUAUUGUCACAUUGCGGUCUUGCUAUCGAUAAGCAGAUAGCGGCAACGGUUGGACAGAAUAUUGACGUUAUUAUAGGUGGUCACUCUCAUAGCCUGCUAUGGAAUGGACAGUCACCAAGCCAUGAGCACAUAUCAGGGCCUUAUCCUGUUUUAGUAGAAUCUGAAUCAAAACCUCAUCACCAAGUGCUCAUAGUGACAGCGAGUUGUUUUACAAAAUAUAUUGGAAAUUUAACUGUUUACUUUGAUAAGAUGGGUGAAUUGAAGGACUUUGAUGGCGUUCCGAUAUUUCUUAACAGAUCUAUCCCUGAGAGUCCAGAGGCGAAAGCUAUUUUGCAACCUUAUUCGAAGAAGUUACACGAACUGGUCAAUGAGGUGGUGGGAUACGUUGAUAAUGAUUUUUUGGCGAAGACUUGCGGCUCACGAGAAUGUGCUAUCGGGGACUUUUUUGCCGAUGCAUUCGUGAAUGAAACUAAAGAGCAAAAUAUAUCAAAUCUCACCCAUGUGGCUUUCAUUUUGAGGAAUAUGAUCCGAGGGUCGAUACCUAAAGGAGAUAUAUCAAGAGGCGAUAUAAUAAAUGCUUUACCGUUCACUAAUAAGGUGGUAACGUUUUCAUUAUUAGGAAAAUAUUUAAUAGAGGCCUUUAGAAAUUGUAUGACAAAUUAUUGGGUUUAUAAGCCUUUUGAUGGGCCCUGGAUGCCGCAAGUGUCAGGAAUACGAGUGGUUCUGAAUUUAACAGAUGAUUUAACAAUAAAAGUGUUUAUUAAGGAAGGAAAUGAGUUUUUGCCCCUAGACCCAGACAAGGCAUAUCAAGUGUCAACUUUAAGUUUCUUAAGUAGAGGAGGAAAUGGAUUCGAUAUGCUGAAAAAAUACGGUCUCAAUAAAACAAUAAUUGGAAAGGACACAGAUAUUCUAGAAAAGUACAUAAGAAAACGUACACCAAUAACACCUACUUUAGACAAUAGAUUAACUGUAAUAAACUAGUUAUUUCAAAACUU